AUGGAUAUUUUCAGCCAGGUCCCGGUUGUUUCAGGAUUUCUCCUACAAGAAGUGUCACGCUAUCUGAUGCAUUCAGUUGAGUUUUUAAAAAUUCCAGAGGCAAGUUUUUUAAGGCAAGAUGAAUUACAAGGAUAUAAAACAUCCUUGCGAGUCUUAACAUGGGUCAAAUGUGAAAACAUUUGCUACCCCAUCUACCCGGCAAUAGAAAAGAGUGGACUCUUUUCUACGAAGUUUUUUGAGAGAUUAAUUGCUGCAAGAGUUCACAUUUGCGCCAACCAAAUAAAGAAAUAAGUUGCAGGACAUCAAAUUUAGUACUCUCGUCACUGA